AUGGAGUCCAUGAUGUCCAACAUCGGCCCGGCGUUCUACUGCUACAACCCAGAACAGAGCAUGGCCGCCCGGCAGCACAACCACUUCAUGCAGCACCACCAGAUGUCGUACGCAGUGCCUACUCUGCCGUCAACACCCAUCUACUCGCGGCCAAAUUCGUCGUGCUCGCAGCAGCAGAUGCAGAUGCAGCCGCUCAGAUCAAUGACCAGUGUGCCGUCGAGCAUCAUGGCCCCCAUGCCUUCGCCGCCGGCAACAUCUUCGGCCAUUAUCAACGGCCACAUCAUGCACAAGCCGACUAUCAUGCUGGAGACUGAGCUCUGCGACGCCGAUGGCCUGCACUAUCCGUCCACACCGCCGCUGUCGACGGUGUCCAGCGCGAUCAGCAGCCCCGGCAGCUGUGACAUGCUGGCCACGCCGCUGAACCCCAUGUUCUCAGGGCUGGACAGCUUCCGCAACCUGAAGGAGGCGUGCCCGACCGACUUUGUGCCCGAUAAUGGGUCCAUGACUGGAUGGAGCUCUUCACCUCCGCUGACACCUGUGUUUGUCCACUCCCACGCACAACAGAUUCUGCCUAUUGACAACUCACACGCGCCCAUCUCGGUGCACAACGAGCUGCUUUCCGUGUCUGCUUGCCCUUCUCUCUCACCUUCGCCUUCCCCGUACCCGAGAUCCAUUGCAUCUGAGCAGGACAACGAUUUCUGUGACCCUCGGAACCUGACUGUCAGCGCGGUCGACAGUGAUCUGUCGACAGAAUUCUCUACUCUGCACUCUGAUGUGGAUGACGACUAUUCCUUGAAGACGGAGCCGCUGUCGCCUGAAGCACAUGGUGUGGCUGUCUGUGCUGUUGACUUUGAGCAAUCUCUUGUGCACGGUGUUACUGGCCUGGACGACUUUCCGGAGCUGGAGUCGGAGGAUGACUUUGUAAAUGGGCUGGUGAACCUUGGUGGUGAGCUGUCUGCUAUCUCUGCGGGAUCUCCGUCCGCGGACCUGGCCAGCCGGUCACGCUCCAGCUCUUCGAUCUCGGCGAACUCGGACUUUGAGUGCGAUCAGUUUUUUGACACCUGGGACUCAUCUCUGGAGAUGGAGGCCCAGCAGUCGCACAAGCGCCAGCGGACAGUGUCCACCGGCAUGAACAUUUUCACGGCCGCGUCAGACUCUGCUGGCUCGAAUGAGGUAGAGCAGGUGUCCAGUGUUUCGGACGAGCAGAAUGACUCGUCGGACAACAACACAGACUCGGCAGGAUCUGCCAGCCCAGAGAACAUGGAUGGCAACAGCAACACGCCGAGCGUUCCGGUUUCGACGAACCGUCGGGGCCGCAAGCAGUCGUUGACUGAGGACCCGUCGAAGAUUUUUGCAUGCGACCUUUGCAACCGGCGGUUCCGCCGACAGGAGCACCUCAAGAGGCACUACCGGUCUCUGCACACACAGGAGAAGCCGUUCAGCUGCCACGAGUGCGGCAAGAAGUUUUCGCGGUCGGACAACCUGGCGCAGCAUGCCCGGACACAUGGUGCAGGUGCUUUCGUCAUGAACCUGUACGACGACGCGGAGAUUGUGGCGGCGGCAACAGCAUCGUAUCCGCCACACCCCAUGUAUGCGCAGCAUGCGGCUGCCAUGGGCGAUGACUUCUCCAACAUGGGACGGGUGCUGUUCCAGGUGGCUGCAGAGAUCCCGGGCAGCGCAAGCGAAGUGUCAUCAGACGACGGCGGUGAUGGCCAGGGCAAGAAGAAGCGGAAGCGGUCUGAGUAA